UCAGUUUUCUUCGUCUCGCCUCCUACGUUUUUUGUUUUCUUCUCUUCUUCCCCUUUUACUUAAUUGAGAAUGAAAUAGAAGGGGACAUAAACAUCAAACGUAGACACGAUGAAGCAACAGCCUUUGCUAACGCUUUCCGCGGCGUGCCAUUCCCACCGUCAAAUUCGAAGGCCAGAACAUUCGAAGAUCUCAAUCUCUACAACCUGCGUCCCAGAAUGGAUGGCGUUGACUUCUCUUCUCCUGGCCGUAGGAGAAUUAAGCCGAUCCUCGCUUCUGCCCGUUCUUGCUCUUGGAUUUUGGUAGCCUGGUUGAUUUGGAGGUUUCCGUCGCUGCGAAGGAAUGAUUUGUUCGCUUUUGGGUCGCAGACUCAUCGCAGGAUUUGGAUCUAGCAUGAGUGUUGGUGUUAGAGGGGUCUUCAAGGAGUGAUCUGUUGGAGUAGAUUGUUGGUUGUCUAACCAAUUUGUUGAAGGUUGCAGCUAAGUCUCCUUUCUUUGAAGGGUUUCGUCGGAUGCUUAUGAAAUUCAGUUUUGAAGAAUGCCUAUCAUAUGGAUGUUCUUUUUUUUUUUCUUUUCGGUCUGUAAAUGAUGUAAUAAUAAGUGUAGGGUAGAUUUAGGGCACGGAAAGCUCCUCCGGACCAGUCUACAGGUACGCUUCCAUACACACAACUUCCCUGGGAAUGUAUUUCUAUAGCUUUACCUGAAUUGUGCUUAAAAACACAAUUUCAGGUUUACAGAAUGAUUCUUAUUGACGGAUUUAGUCUAAACACAAUGCACAAACACAAACUUUUCUUUAACCAUACUUAUUCACAGAAUACAUAAACAGAAUGCAUUUAAUUUACUAAACAGGGUAAAACUGUAAACCUUUCACAGAUUUACAGAUUAAUUCGUAUUCUAAAAACAAAUUUUCUUGAAUUAUUCUUACUCAAGGAA